CCAAAAUCAACUUGCAUCAAUGGAUUGUAUUGGUUUUGAUUGUAGUUCAAUUGGUUAUUGUAGUUGAAUCACAAUUGUUAAAUGACAUCUUGGGCAACAUUGGUAACGAUAAAAAACCAUCCGAUCAAUCAAGCAGUAAGGAUGCAUCUGUCACUCAACAUACCACAACAGCAGUCAUGACUACUACUUCUCAAGCACCUCCAUCUCAAGCUUCUUCUGAUGUACCACCAUCACCCUCAUCAUCAUCAACUCCACCAACAACAACAGCGGCAGCAGUAACGACAACAAACCUACCUUCUACCCAUAAUCCUCCACCUCAACAAACCUCACAACCUCCUCCUCCUUCUAAACAAAACGAAACCACUGACAAACCUAGGACUACAAAAGCACUAGAAACAUUGCCAGACAACCAUGCCACCUCUCCUCCUGCUUCUUCUUCUUCUCCUCCUCCUCCUUCCACUCCACCCCCAUCACCUCCUAGUGCUGAUACUAAUAACAAAAAUAAAUCGACGAUUACAAAUCAUGAAGAUGAUCAUGCUUCUUCUACAGACGAGGCAAAGAACACAUCAGCAUCACCCGCUAUUCCCACACCCACUUUGAAUGGGGAUACCAAUAACAAGCCUUAUGGAACAAAGACAACAUCAAGUUUAGCAUCCAAUGUUCCACAAGAUGAUGCAGAAGCAAGUACAGUUUCCUCAAUCAAGGGCAACCAUGUUCCUCCUUCAAAUCCAGCGAACAGUAACAACAAGACGGGAGCUAUUGUAGGUGGUAUAGUAGGUGGUAUUUUAGGUGCUGCUUUUCUUGGAGGUUUGUUGACUUGGCUCAAUCGACACGGUGGAUGUACUAGAAAGAAUAAACAGUCCACAGAUUUUGAAGAUUAUGGACUAGCGGAUACGGAUUUUCCUGCAGUAAAGACACCCGCUAUGCAGUCUAUGGGUUUGGAAACGCAUGUACCUCCAUUUAAUGAUCAAGGUUAUGCUACAACCAAGGACCAGUACAAUCAACCACAAUACAAUGCAGAAUAUCAGCCUCAGUUAGAUUCAAAUGAUUAUAGUGACCAACAACCUUAUUAUUAUGCUCAAGAAGGUUAUUAUAAUACGACUCAACAACAAUACAAUCAUGGAGUGAACGGAGUAACUUAUCCUAUGGCAAAUACUUAUUCUACAGACCAGUUUUAUAAACCAGAUCAAAGAACUUAAUAUAUGUAUUUAUAUACAGAUAGCUUCCCCCCAUCCCUUUUUUAUAUACAAUAACA